UUCCCAGUUCUCCCAGUUUCUUCACUAAAGUCCUGAACCAGACGGCGAUGCAGGUGUACUGGGAGCUGCCCAGUAAGCCGGGGAAACUGGAGGGCUUCAGACUGGAGUAUCGCGGGGUUUCCAACCCAGACGUUAAGGGGCAGGAGACCUUCCCAGGACACAUCAAUACCCACACCAUCUCCCACCUGGAGCCGGCAGCAGUUUAUGAGAUCCAGCUGGUGGCUUUUAACGGGAACGGAGACAGUCCGUCCAACCGCCGCCUCGUGUCUCUGGCAGAGGGACAAAAGACUGCAGCAACCGGGCCGAGAUGUAACUGUGAUCGGUCGGAUGGAUCCAUGUCCACGCUGCUGAUCGGCGUUCACAGCGGCCUCGCCUGCAUCCUCUGCUGCCUGCUCUUCAUCCUGCUGGGAUACAGGCGCAAUCUCUUCUGCAGGAAGGCAGCAAGCUGGGAGACUCCGCCCACCCUGAAUGGUGUGAGAGGUCCUAAAGGUCACGUAGCUGAGAGCAUCGAGCUGAGCCAGAGGUGUGACUCCACCCCUCCACCAGUGAUGGUCAUGGUUGAACCAACUCCACCCGUCCAGCCUGGCACAGGCACCGGAUAA